AUGACUGUCACGAUCGGCGUCGCGGGCAUUACGGGCAAGUUUGCUCGACUGGUGGUGAAGAACCUCUGUAAUUCACCCGAUGUCCAAAUUCGAGGCCUUUGCCGCAAUGCAUCCAAGCUACCCGAGCAUUUCCGAGACUCCCCUCGGGUGACCAUCAUCCAAGGCGAGUCAACCGAUUUGGACACCCUGCGCCGCUUCGCCCGUGGCUGUGAUGUGGUAAUAUGCUGUUACUUAGGUGACAAUGACCUGAUGACCAAUGGCCAAAAGUUGCUCGUCGAUGCCUGCGACUUGGAGCAUGUCCGUCGUUACAUCGCAAGCGACUAUUGUCUGGACUUCACGAAGCUGGAGCUCGGCCAGCACCCGGCAAAAGACCCGAUGAAGCUCGUCAAAGCGUACUUGGAAACCAAAAAGAAUGUAGAGGGUGUGCAUGUACUUAUUGGGGCCUUCAUGGAGACUUUCUGGAGUAGAUACUUCGGUAUUUGGGACCACGAGACCUGCACACUCAACUACUACGGCAAUGGAAACGAGCUGUGGGAGUCUACCACUUACGACACCGCUGCUCAGUAUGUAGCGGCAGUUGCGAAAGACCAAAAUGCCGUUGGCAUGCAGCACUUCCUGGGUGACCGCCGAACCAUCCAGGAAAUCGCCGAAGACUUUUCACAGGUCUAUGGCAAAAAGCCCCAACUUCAACGCCACGGUUCACUGGAAGAUUUGUACAAAAAGAUGCAAGCUACUUUCCAGAAGGACCCAUCCAACAUCUUCGCAUAUAUCGCCAUGUUCUACCAGUACUACUGCACCAACGGCCAAACAUAUCUGAAGAAGGACUUGGACAAUUCUAAGUAUUUCAGCAUCACUCCAGUUACGUUCAAAGGCUUCCUCCAAGCGCACAAGAUAGAGGAACUUGCGGAUGCAUACCAAAACGCCGGCUCUAGCGCCUAA